AUAUGCCACUUGGCUGUGUUGCAGGAGCCAGAGAAACAUGUGUUUCAUCUUGUUACUGAUAAACUGAACUUUGGAGCCAUGAACAUGUGGUUUCUGUUGAACCCGCCUGGAAAAGCUACCAUCCAUGUUGAAAAUGUUGAUGAAUUUAAGUGGCUCAACUCCUCGUACUGCCCAGUUCUGAGGCAGCUAGAGUCUUCUGCCAUGAAGGAGUACUAUUUCAAGGCAGAUCAUUCCACUGCUGGCUCUUCUAAUCUGAAGUACAGGAACCCAAAAUAUCUUUCAAUGCUCAACCACCUCAGGUUUUAUCUCCCGCAGGUUUAUCCCAAGCUGGAUAAAAUCCUGUUUCUUGAUGAUGAUAUCCUUGUCCAGAAGGACUUGACAGGAUUGUGGUCGGUGGAUCUCCGUGGAAAAGUGAACGGUGCAGUGGAAACCUAUGGUGAGAGCUUUCACCGUUUCGACAAGUAUCUUAACUUUUCAAACCCACAUAUUGCAAGAAACUUUGAUCCAAAUGCUUGUGGGUGGGCAUAUGGGAUGAACUUUUUUGAUCUCGAGGAGUGGAAAAAGAAAGAUAUUACGGGCAUAUAUCACAAGUGGCAGAAUAUGGUCAGUUAUUCAAAACCUCACUUUCCAUCUCAAUUAUGUAGAAACUCUUUGAUGUGUCAUUACAUCUCAAUUACUUUCUGGGGUGACACUAGUUUAUUUCAUGGGAAAUUACUAAUUAGUGACACCAUGCCUCUUCAAACACCCAAAAAUUGAUAUAGAUGCUAAUUGUUUCAGUAAAUAGUAGGCGUCUUAUUGUAUAUUCCUUAAUUUCUAUUUGAAAUUAUUAUAGGACCUGGAUUUACGGUUGUUUGUCUUUUUGU